AUUAAAGAUUCGCAAAGGGUCGGGUCAGGCUCACACAGCUUCAUCUUCUUCUUCUUCUUCCUCUGAGGAGGAUAUAAUAUUCAACGCCAAUCCUCACCACUGCUCAGUAGUCGCAAAGUCACCAUCCGCCAGGUUUGUCCUCCCUCAUCCGCUUCCUCCAUAGUUCCCAGCAGUCGGAAAGUGAACAAAGGAGAUACGUCGUUGAAGCCCCCUUUUGCAGAAAACGUCUUUGUCUACCAUGGGAUUGAAAAUAGUGUUAAUCUUUGUUGCACUAUGUGGCGUUAUGGGACAACAGCAGCAGCAAUUACAGCCAGAAUUUCGUCAGGAACCAGAAUUUCAACCACCACCCCCUCUGAAUAACUUUCAACAACAGCAGCCCCAAGGUCAGUUUCAGUUUCAGCAGCGUCAACAGCAACAGCAAAACCAACCCCAGCAGCAAAUACCGAUCCAGCGUCAACAGCAGCCCCAACAACAAUUUCAACAACAAAGACCUCAAGUUCAACAGCCACAGCAGAACAAUAACUUUAACGACUUUGCCACCUUCAACGCGCCGCAACAGGAGGCAUUACCGACGUUGCCGCCUGUCUUCAUCCCACCCAAUAAUCCGAUAGGACCACCUCCAAAUCUUCAGAGCCCCAUCAGGAAUUUGUUCCGACAGCCAGAGUCCAACAAUUUCUCCUUCUCUAAUAUUAUCAGCAGAUUUUUGAACCUGUUUAACUUGAAUAAUAAUUAAGCUCGCAGUUCACACAUUCCUUGUGAAUUUGUAGAAUGACUGACUCUCAAUCAUCAUAAAUGAAUACAAAAAAGUAUGGUUUUUAAGACAAAGUGUGUGAGUGGGGGUGAAAAACAAAACCAUAAAAUAAAUAUGUACAAUAAAUCAGAUUGGGAAAAGUGA